AUGUCUCGGUUUGCUGGCCCUGAUGAGAUAGAGUCAUUAAGGAUUGAGUUAGCAGAUCUUGGAAGAAGCAUGAGAAACUCAUUCAGGAGUCAAGCGCCGAGUUUUCGUAGUGUUUCAAAUGGGGAUUCUGAGCACAGUAGGGAUGCAGAUGGUGAAGAUUUGUUGCAGUGGGCUGCUGUCGAGAGAUUGCCUACCUUUGAAAGGAUCACUACUGCUUUAUUUGAGGAGCAAGAUUGCGCUGCUGAAAAUGGAGAUGCUAAGGGGAAAAGAAUUGUUGAUGUUUCCAAACUGGGGGCUCAGGAGCGGCAUAUGUUCAUUGAGAAGCUCAUCAAGCACAUUGAAAAAGAUAACCUCCGAUUGCUGCAGAAACUUAGGCAAAGAAUUGACAAAGUUGGUGUGAAGUUGCCCACUGUGGAAGUGAGAUACAGAAAUCUUUGUGUUGAAGCAGAGUGCGAGUUGGUUCAUGGGAAGCCUCUACCCACACUGUGGAACACUGCUAAGAGCUUUCUUUCUGGGUUUGCCAGUCUCUUACGUUCGACACAGAGAACCAAGAUAGGCAUCAUAAAAGAUGCCAGUGGCAUUAUUAAGCCAGGAAGGAUGACUUUAUUGCUCGGCCCUCCAGGAUGCGGCAAAACCACUUUGUUGUUGGCUCUGUCUGGGAAACUAAGCCAUGCUCUCAAGGUUUCAGGGGAAAUAUCUUAUAAUGGUCACAGAUUGGAAGAGUUCAUUCCUCAGAAAUCCUCAGUGUAUAUAAGCCAACACGAUCUGCAUAUUCCAGAGAUGACAGUGAGGGAAACAAUUGAUUUUUCUGCACGUUGUCAGGGCAUAGGAAGCCGACCUGACAUCAUGAUGGAAGUCAGUAGAAAAGAGAAGCAGGCAGGGAUAGUUCCAGAUUCUGAUGUGGAUGCUUACAUGAAGGCAAUAUCAGUUGAGGGACUGAAAAGUACACUUCAGACGGACUACAUCUUGAAGAUUCUAGGACUUGAUAUUUGUUCUGAUACAAUGGUUGGGGAUGCCAUGAGAAGAGGUAUCUCAGGUGGUCAAAAGAAAAGGCUGACUACAGGGGAGAUGAUUGUGGGGCCCACGAAAGCACUAUUCAUGGAUGAAAUAUCAAAUGGCUUAGACAGUUCAACCACUUUCCAGGUUGUGUCUUGCAUGCAGCAGUUGGCUCACAUUGCUGAUGCAACUGUAUUGAUUUCACUUCUUCAGCCAGCACCGGAGACCUUUGAUCUAUUUGAUGAUAUCAUUCUGAUAGCUGAAGGGAAGAUUGUUUAUCAUGGACCACGUUCUAUUAUUUGCAAGUUUUUUGAAGACUGUGGGUUCAGGUGUCCUGAAAGAAAAGGAAUCGCGGACUUCCUUCAAGAGGUUAUCUCAAGAAAAGAUCAAGGGCAGUACUGGCACAGCACUGAACAACCUUACAGUUAUAUAUCGGUUGACCAGUUUGUUAAUAAAUUCAAAGAAAGUCGGCUUGGUGAGAAGCUAGACAAGGAGCUGUCAAAGCCAUUUGAUAAGUCUAAAAGCCACGAGAAUGCUUUAACCUUUAGUAAAUAUUCAUUAACGAAGUGGGAACUCUUCAAAGCUUGCAGUGCGAGAGAAUUUCUUCUGAUGAAGAGGAACUCUUUUAUAUACGUGUUCAAAUCUAUACAGCUAGUUAUUGUUGCUUCAAUAUGUAUGACCGUCUUACUACGUACAAGGAUGGGUGUUGAUGCGAUCCAUGCAAGUUAUUACAUGGGUGCUUUAUUCUAUGCCCUCGUUUUAUUGCUUGUUGAUGGAGUUCCAGAGUUGCAGAUGACUACCUCCCGACUUGCAGUUUUUUAUAAGCAGAGAGAGUUAUACUUCUAUCCUGCGUGGGCUUAUGCGAUCCCAGCUGCUAUUCUUAAAGUUCCACUUUCUUUAUUGGAAGCUUUUGUUUGGACAGCCCUAACUUACUAUGUCAUUGGUUACAGCCCUGAGUUUGGAAGGUGA